UUUCGCAAUAUUGUAGAAACCCUACGCGAAUCGGCGUAAGGAUGAAGAAUUUUUCCCUGACCAUUUCAUUUCCCACGAAUUUCCUCAUUAUCUCUGGUUAGCCUGCAUUGUACAGUUUCGUUUUUAUAUUAACAAAGUGCAGCCGCAGUGGUAAAAUUAAAUGACGGUUUCUUUGUGACUUUUGUGGAAAAAUUCACCGGUCUGUGUACGGACCUCUUGCAGUUGACUUCGUCCAAGUGCAGAUAAUAAAAACGAGUGAUUCCAGCUUUCGAGAAUACAUCUCUUUUCUGAUUCACGCCGAGGGAGGAGGAGCGGGAGGAGGAGGAAGAUGACGGCGGCGGGGACGAGGACGAGGAGGACGAAGUGUGGGAAAUAAUAAGUGAAGGAAAUGCAGGCCGACUCGAUGCGAAAAUCAUGAGGAAACUUGCCCUCCUAGCAAUUGCGAACCUCCUGACAACCUACGCGUCGUUUCUAGCUGUCGCCGGCUCGAAACCGUCGUUGCAGAGGAAACAGCGAACCCAGAGCAACAACCACGGCAACAUUUCCGAGCUUCUCGACAACCUGCUGCGGGGAUACGACAACAGUGUUCGCCCGGAUUUCGGCGGCCCUCCGGCGACGGUGGAAGUCGACAUCAUGGUGCGCAGCAUGGGACCCAUUUCCGAAGUCGACAUGACCUACUCUAUGGACUGCUACUUCCGGCAGUCCUGGGUCGACAGACGGCUGGCGUUUAAGGGCGGUAAGGAGACCCUGGCCCUGAGCAUAUCGAUGCUCGCUAGGAUAUGGAAGCCCGACACCUAUUUUUACAACGGGAAGCAGAGCUACCUUCACACGAUAACAAGCCCGAACAGAUUCGUCAGGCUUUAUCAGGACGGGAGGGUGCUUUACAGCUCGAGGUUGACGAUAAAGGCCGGCUGCCCGAUGAACCUCGAGGACUUUCCCAUGGACAUUCAAAGGUGCCCCCUUAAAUUUGGCAGCUUUGGUUACACGAGCGAAGACGUGAUUUACAAAUGGAACAAGGCUCGACAAGUCGCCAUUGCCGAGGAUAUGAAACUUUCCCAGUUCGACCUCGUCGCUAAUCCAACCGCCAACCAUUCAGCCGCACCAUCAAUGACCCACAGGGAGUAUUCGAUUCUGAUGGUAUCUUUCCAUCUUCAGAGACACAUGGGAAAUUUUCUGAUCCAAGUUUACGGACCCUGUAUCCUCCUUGUUGUACUUUCCUGGGUUUCUUUUUGGCUAAAUCGCGAGGCAACCGCUGACAGAGUUUCUCUCGGCAUUACGACGGUGCUGACGAUGACUUUUUUGGGAUUAGAGGCGCGGACCGAUCUUCCAAAAGUUCCUUAUCCCACUGCCUUGGAUUUCUUCGUGUUUCUCUCGUUCGCUUUCAUAUUUGCGACAAUUAUACAAUUUGCUGUUGUUCACUAUUUCACCAAAUACGGAUCGGGCGAGUGUUACUUCAGCUCGGAUUUCAGCGACAUGGAUAGCGACAGCGAUAGCGAUAAAGAUGAUUGGACGAGGUCUAGCCAACGACACGAGGAGCGGCGGAAAUCGUCGAUUGCAUCGAAUGCACGCAUUCGAGGCAGCCGAGGGUGUCCCGCGAGUCGAGAACGGAUCGUGGAAGUGAUACCGCUUUCCGAAAUCCCGUUUCCGGAAGUGCGACGCCGAUCGAGCGGACAGUGGCAGCUGACUUGCCUGCCGUGCAGUCCACCACCCCCAGUGCCGGAGCCUCCGCGUAGGAUAUCGACUAGAAAACGUCGGAAAAGAACGCCGAGGUACAAUUCGGUUUCAAAGAUAGACAGGGCUAGCAGGGUAGUUUUUCCCCUAUUGUUUUUAGCUAUCAACGUCUUUUAUUGGUGGGCGUACCUCGCCAGGAGCGAACGCAUUUCCUACUACAAUACAAAUUCACCAGCUGCGUAAAAAUGAUUUUUUCAUUUUAUGAUACGUUUUUAUUUAUUUAUUUUAUUUAUUUUUUUGUUUUUUUUAUGCCAGCGGUUAAUAAUUGCGUAGAUGUAUGUACAUAUAUAUGUGUGUAUGUAUGUAUGUAGUGAAAUAAUUUAUUUGUUGUACAAAGUGUGAAAAAGAACGGGAAAGUUUCAGCAAAGAAAUUCAGAUGCUUCGGACAAUUUUAUAGCGAGACGAAACGACGGAUCGCGCGUGCGUUGUAAUUUAAGAAGUAUAGAUCCAAAAUCGCAGAUAAAUAUCAUGCUAGUGAUUUUGGCGCAUCUGUAUAUGGGCGAUAUAUCAGUAAUAUAAAACUUGACUCCAAUUGUAAGAAAGAUAGUCGCGGAGAAAAGUAUAACUUUGAAGAAUGCGCGAUGUUGCGAUACCAAUGAUUUAAUGCGUUUUUAAUAGAGACAUUGAAGUUUACAAACUAUAUUAUUCAGAUUUGUAGAUAGCAAAUACAUUCCGUCUACAUAGCCGACCAAUGUACGACCUCAUUUACAAUAUUACAACGUGUAUAUACAUGUACCUAUAAACCAUAAUACAUGUUUUUUAAACUGUAAAAUAAUAAUGUUUUACACCAUAACGCAGCAGGUUACUGGUACUUGGCCAUGUUAAUGCGCGCUAAUGACGUAGAAGUCAAUAUGAUAGUAAAGAUACUGAUUUUAUCCGACCGAUUGUUGCAUAUUACGUGAAAGAUUUAUUCCUUGUUAUCGGAAUUUUUAUAUAAUAUAGAUCUAUUUUAAAUUGAUUCUAAAUUAAAUUGAAUUUACUCGCGAUUCAAGGAAACGAAACUAA